CAUUAAAUGCAACCGUCUGAUUUAGGCUCAACAGAUUCACAGGGAACACUUCACUAAUGUCCCGGACACACCGCACGAGUUUCCUGACGUCCAUGAACCCGGGGGGUCUGGAGCUGCUGAGGACCAAGAAUCUCAAAUGAAGCCUUCCAAGCGGAAGAGAAUGUCACCAUUACAAACUUCGAAUCGUCUCACUCGUUCAAUGUCAAGCGGACACAAGAAAUCUCAAGGAGAUCACAAAGCAGAGCGGACUGCGCCAGGUCGCGGCCGGAAGCGGAAAGUCCUCGACCUUAAAGAUGGUGGUAGCGACCAUGGAUCAGCAAGCUCUGGCGCUAGUACCGCCGCCAAACCCCUCCAAUUCACUAGCACUAAUGGGUCACGGGCUUCUUCUAUCGUGUCCUCUGCACCAAGUGAUUCAUCUUCAAUCCAACGCCCCCCUAUUCCCCCGCCGCUCUUCCAUGCACAUGGUGCUAUGCAUCACCGUCAUCGACCGCCACUUCUACCUUCUGUGCCAGUCCAGACCCACAAUACCAAGAUGGUAUCUCCAGAGCCUUCCCACAACCCUGAGCGUCAAAAGGACCAUUCUUCGAUUUCAGUACCGCCGCGUGCUCCCUCUUCCAGCGUUCAGCGUCUUGCUGCGUCGAUAAGUUCACCUGUCACUCGCUCUAACUGUCGAUUCCAUAAAGUCAGUCUACCCAAAGAGGAAGGUGGGCCAAGAGUAUGCUUCGUGGUACCCGGUUGCUCUCUUGGUGACAAGGAGCUGAUGGACGAAGAGGAGAUACAAGACCAUGGUCCAGCAACUUAUGAGGACUAUCCCCGCUUGGUGGGCAAUAUCGAGGCCUUGGAAUUCAAUCCCUAUCUGAUCGGCAUCUUGCGGCAACUAGUUGGAGUGGACCUGAUUCGGGAAAACGAGGUAUUCUUCCUGCUCCAACCUGGGGAGGAAGCACAAUACAAGAAGAAGGGCCGAAAAUCAACCACAGGAUCAAAGCUUUCCGCAUCCCUAUCGCUGAGUGCUUCCACUUCGCCACAAUUUUCAGUGGCGUCGCGGCGUUCACCCGCGACAUCGAUCUCGCGGCCACCUGUUUCCACCGCAGGAUCUAUUGCAACAUCAUUUGGCUCGUCCUUGUCUGACAUGCAGCUAUACAAGUACACAUCCUCAUUAUUCUCAGCGUCAGGUGAAGAGCUGUCGGAUGAAGAAGGCAGUUUUCUCAAGCUUAAACGUCGACGAAAGGAAUCUGUUUCUGAUAAAGAAACCCAUGCCAACGUAAAAGGGGACAAUGUCCCUCAAGAUCCACUAUCGAAAGGUCCGCAGCGAUUGACCAACAUCCUGAGACGGAGACGGAGCAAACGACAAAGUGCGGACUCAGCUGCGUACAAGCCUCAUACUGAAGAUCUAGAGGGCUCUGAUAGUGGAGCAGAUGGAUUAGGCAAGGAUCGUCGCAAGACCAAAAAGAUCAGAGGGAAAAAGCGGUCUCUUGUAGCAGAUGAAGAACAAGACCCGCAAGCCAAGAGACAGAAGCAGGUCCCCACUGAAUGAAAGCAUUUUGGUAUCUUUAUGUUCAUAUUUUGUCCUCGCCACGCAUCCAUCUUCAUUUGUUUCUAUAGUACACUUUGUUA